UCGGCGCCGCAGGAAAGAAGGAGAGAGAGGGAGAGAGACUGGAGCAGAAGACACGAAGCCUCAUCUCUGCUCGGAGAUGAAAGACACUUUUAUCACACACUGAACAAUCGGAUCUCACUUGGUGCCGCAAUGUACUUUGGUAAUGUGUGCCACAGCACUCUGCCGCCGCUGGCUCGUCCCACGCUGGGCAGGACCCAGCCCUCUCCUGACCCGAAAGCCCUCCUCCCCCUCCACCUGCUGCCUGGAUUCACUGACAUGGAUCAUAUACAUAAAGCUCUGAUUGGCCCAGGCUUCGGGCUAACGUCACACUUAAUAAGAAAGCCCAGUUCCUGCGGCGUCUGUCGUCUUAGAUUCAACUCUGAGGCUCAGGCGUCCUCCCAUUAUACCGGCACGAAGCAUGCGAAAAAGCUGUUAGCUCUGGACGCCCCAGAUUCAAAGAUCAGGACCUGUGAACCGGUCUCCAAGGAAACUGCAGUCCUGUUGUCAUCGUGCUCACGGCCCUCCAGCUCUGACACAACAUCAGGAGAGCCUUCAUCGCUGAACCCUACCUCAGAAAUGGCACCAUCAACCAGUGGCUCCACUGAAACUGUGAAAGCACCUUCUGACCCUUCCUUGUCACCCAUUUCAAGGAGAACAGAGAAAGAGGCACCAAAAGAUGGAGAGGCAGAAGCUCCAGGAGAGGAGACCGAAGAAGCAAAAGCUAUACGUCUUCUGUACUGCUCUCUCUGCAAGGUGGCUGUCAACUCAGCCUCCCAGCUUCAGGCCCACAACAGUGGCACCAAGCACAAGACCAUGCUCGAGGCCAGAAGUGGCGAUGGAGCCAUCAAAUCCUUCCCCAGGAUGGGGGUCAAAGGCAAGAUGGCUGCACCAUCUGAGUCAUCGACAGGACUCCAGAAUAAAACUUUCCACUGUGAGAUCUGCGACGUGCACGUCAACUCUGAGACUCAGCUCAAACAGCACAUCAGCAGCAGGAGACACAAGGACAGAGCGGCAGGUAAACCAGCCAAGCCUAAAUUCAGCCCCUACACCCUCACCCAGCGUCACCAGAGUUUCCAGGCAAUAAGGCUGACUUUACGAAAGAACCAAGAUCUGACCAAGCCUCUGGCGUCUUGUGUCCUCCAGCGUCAGCUCUCUGUUGCCGCCGCUGCUGCCAUGGCAUCUUUGCCCCCAUUCCCUCUCCCACCUGCAUCAAACUCGAACCCCGCCCUGUUUCACAGUCAAUCCCUCCCCCAGGCCCUGCUUCAUCCGGCACCCGGACCCAUCUGCACAACGCACACAUCUGUUCUGUUUUCCCCCUACUGACCCGGCCGAUGUCUCUAUUGCUUCUGAACUACAGCUAAAAGCAGACAUGGGGCCCGAACAAGAUGUGAUAUAAGCCAGUGCCCUUUGUACUUCACAUGCCAACAGACACCACGGGUGUCACGGACCAGAGUGGGUCAGAUUGAGGUAGCAGAUGGGCGAAAACAGAGUAUUUUGAAAUGUGAGAGAGUGUGUGAAUGCUACCGGGUGCGUGGACAGACAUAUUCAUCACAGAAGUGCAAGUUUUUGCUUUAUAUUGUAGCACUUUUGCUAAUAAUCUUUGACGCAUUAAAGAAAUUCCCUCUCUCGAUAUAUAUAUAUAUAUAUAUAUGUGUGUGUAUAUAUAUAUAUAUAAAACAAAGAUGCAGGAUAGCGAACUUCCAUGAUGAAUAUAUCUGUGUGUGUUUGUACGUGCACAUGAAUGCUAUUCAGAGCAUGCUUAAUUAUUACUUUCCAAUUUAAUAAAAAAUUCCUGGGGACGCUCACAUCAAUUGCACAAUGUUCCUACUUUUCUUUCUGUCUGAGGCUUAAUGCAUCCUCACGAGGUUAUUGUGAAAAUGCUCCAAAAAUGUGCAAUUUAUCAAAUAAAUAAGUGCAA